UAGAAUUUUAGGUUAAGUUGUGAUCAGUUUAUGUUAGUUUAUGUUUAUUUGGGUUUAUUUAAAAAAAUAAUAGUUUUUAAAAUGCAGUAGUGUAGAAAUAGAUAUAAUUAAAAUACUAAACGAUGGAGAAUCCGGAUACAGAAGCAUCAGAAAAUCUGAGAAUAGCGUGCUAUAAUUACCCGGAAGAAUUUGAAAUAAAUAAACGCUUAUGUAAAACGUACUUUCGACAAUUCGGCAAAGUCAAAAGACUAAUAUUUAAACAAAGACAGCGUGCUAUUGUUGUGGAGUAUAUUAACCGAGACGACUAUUUAAAUGCAUUGGAAAACAUUGGCGAAUAUAGAGGACAAAUCUUCCAUAAGGAACCGUAUGAAUCAACUACAUCUCAGUUACCUAUACAACCACAAGUUGUUAAGCCUAAGAAGAAAAUUAGGGAGAGAGUAGUUAAAAAGCAUAAAAUAUCUUAUGUAGAUCAUGAUGAGGUUGAUAAAGAAUUAGCUGCAAUGAGUGGCUAUUCAAAUGUUAAUGUGGUCAUAGAUUUAACAUCUGACAGCCCUAAGCCUACUGCAAAACCUAAAAUACUACCAAAAUUGAAUAGAGUUUGGAAAAAAGAAGAUGCUAGACCUACAGAGGCAUUAAGAAACAUUGCAACAAAGAAAAGACUUCUUAAGACAGCUAUUAAAAAUAAAGUGAAAGAAAGUGUUAAAAUUUUAACUGCUGAACAGUUGGACUUAUUGAAAAUUAUGCGUUCCCAGGCCAAUACAAUUGAAGAAAAGUACAAGGUUUUGGACGCUAGAGACAAGCUACUUAGGUUUAAUAGAAAAAAAUCUGUUAUGAAAUCAGGUCCGACUAUAGGAACAUGUUGUGAUAUGUGUCCCGAAAAGGAACGCCUUUUAAGGGAAGUGAAGCAUCAAGUGGCAUUUUAUGAACAAAAUGAUGGUGUGAAGCACUCUAUGAACCAUCACAAAGCCGUAAAACAGUAUAGUCGUAGUUCGGCCGAUCAAGAAUCACCCCUACCUCAUGAUUUGAGACCUGUGAAAGUAUUACAGUUCACAAUGAACUACCUGGUUUAUACUUUUAUGGAUUUAUGCGAUACUGACUCUGAAGUUAAUAUAGCUGAAUGGUACCAUUUUCUUUGGGACCGAACGAGAGGUAUAAGAAAAGAUAUUACUCAGCAAGCUCUGUGUAGUCAAGGUGCGGUAGAGUUAGUAGAGCAGUGUACUCGAUUCCAUAUACAUUGUGCUGCAAGAUUGACAAGUGAGGACCCCUCGGUUUUUGACCAUAAAAUCAAUGACGAAAAUUUGACAAAGUGUUUACAAACACUGAAAUAUAUGUACAAUGAUUUACAUUUAAAGGGAGAAAAAUGUUCUAACGAAGCUGAGUUCAGAGCUUAUGUGAUUUUGCUGAAUUUAAGUGAUGGGAAUUUUAUGUGGGAGGUUCAAAAGCUACCAGAAGACAUUCAAAAAUCCCCAGAAAUUCGAUUCGCCCUCCAAGUUUAUUCAGCCGCCGACACACACAACUACGUCAAAUUUUUCAAGCUAAUAAAAUCAACGACCUACCUAAAUGCCUGCAUCCUAAUGCGAUAUUUCGUACAAGUCAGAGUUCAGGCUCUGGAAACCCUGUUAAAAUGUUUCACACCUCCAAGAUCUAUCUCUUUUUACCCUCUGGAAGAAUUUGUCAAUUUGUUGUAUUUCGACGAUGUGGAAGCUGCCAUUGAUUUCUUGAAUUCUUACGGUAUUAGUGUGAAUAAAAGCAGAAACCAGGUUUUGUUUGAGAGAAGUGCCUUCAAGGUUCCGGAAUACCAAUAUGUUUUGGAUAGAUCUGGGUUGGUUGAAAGCAAAAGACAAGGAAGUGUAGGUAGUAUAAUAAGUGGAAAAGAAAUGUCACCCGAGUUAUACUUGGAAAUGCAAUCUCACGAGUUACAUGAUAGUUUUGAUAAAAAUGGAUUUUUAAUCAAGGACGAACUAUUUAAUGAGGUUGAAAUGAGAAUCGAAGAGAAACUGCUAGACGAGCCAGACUCCAGAGAAUCUACUCCGGAAAGGAAAAAUGUUACCUCCAUACCUGUCACUAAAAAAACAACUAUUUCGCGUCCUCAAACGAAUAUUUUCGAGACAAAGUCCAAAACAGAGCCUGAUAGUAUAUUCGAUCAAGACACAAGUCCGUUCGUUUCUCAAAAUGAAUUCAGUGUUUUUGGACAGAACAAGAUAGAACCUGACAAUAUUUUCGCUCAGAAGAAAGAGAACAUAUUUGCUACAAACUUGAAAAAGGAAGAGAACAUAUUCAAGAACAAAGAUGAAAAUAUUUUUCAAAUCAAGAAAGAUACUAGUGAGAUUCAAGCAAAAGAGAAUAUUUUUAAAUCUGUUACAACUACUAGUAGUGACCCUAUUGUGAAUAUUUUUAAAGUACAGCCUAGUGUGAAAGAAGAAACCAAUAUUUUUACGGCUAGUAAUUUGUCAAAGCCUCCGGACGUUAAGAUUCCUGCAAUAGAACCAACCCCCAAUAUUUUUGCGGAAAAAGUUACUCAACCACCAAAAACCGAGACAAAAAUGGGAGGAUUUCAGUUCAACCUGAAGCCUCAAAAAACUUCAGAGGUUCCCAAUAUAUUCGCUUUAAGGUUUAAAACAACCCCACCCCAAAUUGAAGACAACAAAACGAAGAUGAUCGACCCUAAGCCUGACGAAAAUGCAACACAACUUAAAGAAGAAGAAAGCGAGUUAGACGAAGAUGAAGAAACAGAAAUGGACGAAGACUUGGAGCGUAUGGAAGAUGAACGACGACGCAAGGAAGAAGAGGAAAAUCAAAGAAAAAUUGAAGAAGAACAAAUAAGAAGACGCCUAGAAGUAGAGAGGAGAAAACGGGAAGAAGAGGAAAGGAGAAUGCGUGAAGAAAAACGAAGAAUAGCCGAAGAAAAACGAAUUUUGGAGGAAGAAAGGAAAAGGAAAGAAAGAGAAUUAGAAAGACAAAAAGAAAUAGAAGAAAAACAAAGACAGAUGGAAAUUAAGAGAUCUGUGAAGCUGGUUUUGAAGGAACUGAUUGAUCAAGUAGACCAAGGUAUUAAAGAUGCGGCCCUGAACAGGAUAAAAACGAACAUUCGAAAUAGAAUUGUAUUGAAAGUAUUUAGAAAAUGGCGGACCAUUGUGCUUAGGAGGAAGAAGAAACGUAAGGCUAUGGACUGCAUUCCUAUAUGGGUCAAUGACAAGGACGUGAGCCAGUGUGCCAAAGAUUUCUAUUCGAAAACGCAAGAUUUAACUCUGAGUUACAUGAAAAGGUAUAAGUUAGGUCGCCCCUUGGAUAUUCCCGUUGUUGAAGAUCAGCCUACAGUAAAAUUAAAUUUAUUUUAUCUCACUUAUUCCGCAUUGAGACGAAGGCUGUGCGAAAUCAAAGAAAAAUGGCACCAACAUAUUUAUUGGAAAGUUGUGAUAUCUAUUCCAGAUGUAGACGAAAUGAUCAACGGUUUACACAAACUAGAAGAAACCUUAAAAUCCUACGCUGGCUGGGAACUAACCAAGCACGGUACCACGCAGUACAUAGAGAACCACAAAACCGUCACUUACUGCGUGGAAAAGCAGCAAGGCCUAGACGUGAGAAGCAGUGAUGCCAACGGUUUUGUUUUCGUAGGGAAAAACUUCAACCCGUUGUUCCAAAGGCGCAUAGUGGAGAACUUGAAAAAUUUCGGGGUUUACGUCAAAGUACCUGUCAUUAUUAUUCUGGAGGAUACGUCAAACUCUGAGGAGUACCUGGAAAAACUUCAGGAAACUGGUGUAGUGUCGGAUUACGUCAUAUACAGUUGUAAUUUAUAUGGACAAGUCCUGCCCAGUGUUAUAGACAACGGCUUUAUUUUCUUAGCAAAGAAAAUAGAAAAAUAUCCACCUCUCGAAAUGGACACCCUGUAUACGUUCCUCAUGAGGAAUUUAUGCACAGAAAUAUGGAAAAAAGCAGAAAGCUACGCCAAGUGGAACCACGAGUACAACUUUUGCAUGAGGGACCCCAAUAUUUUGAUCAACCUGUAUAAUGAAGGACUACAGUUGCUGACCAAAAUAGUCAUGGAUAGUAAAAGAAAAGAAUUUGCUCCAUUUCCGGAAGUUUUUCGAGAUCACUUGCCAGACAAAGUUCCAGAUUUUUUACCUUGCGAUUAUAGAUAUUUUCCUAACUUUUGGACACACCCAAGUUACGAAGACCACCUUCAGCGACUAAUGAAAAGUCUAAAACUCCCGAAAUUCUUAGAAAACUGGCCUCCUCAUAACGAAACCGACCUAAUACUAGCCGUCUCCAAGUACUGUACGGAAGUUUUUCAAAAUCCCAAAGAACCAUACGUCAACAUACUAGACGUCCUAAUACAGACCAUCAGAGACGAACGCUACGACACGAUUCUAUGGACGCAAGCCAUAGAAAUCAUCGCAACGGAAAAACUAAAGGAACAAGAUUUCGACCUACCGAAAAAAUUCAUGUACGAGGAUGUUUUUAGGACGUUUGUAGUCGUAUAUGACGUGGAAUCGUUAAACGAAUACAGCACCAGCGAGUGGUUCUACAGAAACAAUCCUUUAAUAGAAGGUUACAAGAAAACCAUAGAAGAAAAAUUAGAGAAGGACUAUCUUCAUGACACUUUCUCUAAAACUAAGAAAAGAUCGUUAGAAGUAAUUGAAGACGAGGAAGACUUUUUAGAAGUUAUUAAUAAGGCCGAACAGGUGUUAAGGUCGCCGAAAAGUAUGAGGUUGGAGCACAAAAAGAGCAUAGAGUGUCUAAACAGGAGCAUAAAAGACUUGGAGGAGUCUAUAGGGGUUGUUAAGAGAAUGGACGAAAUGAAAUUGUUCAAACGGUUUAUGGAGGGUUAGGAGAAUAA